AUGACCGACGUCAUUGUAGAGAAACAUCUGAAAUGCGACGGCGAGACUCCGUGCGGAAAUUGCAACAAGGCGUCUGUCAACUGCGUUCGCGUCAACAAAAAGUUUCGCGUCAAGAGGUUGAUUACGACGCAGAAUAGCUUCAAGUUUGACCCAAACCAGACUUGGAUACGCACUGGAAACCAAGAACAACAGGAACCAUUCGCCAUCAUUGACGAGUCCGAGAUCGCAACGAAUCGAUCCGCGCAGGAGCCUUCUUCGGCGACGGAUGAACCUCAGGAAGGGUACCUGAACUUCGCCGCGUCCAUCCUGCAGUCCUUUUCUCGAGAUGAUCAAGUCAGAACUGACGACUCUCUCCGGCAUCAACCACUUGAACACAGACCGACUACGGCGACCCGAUCGGAGAGCAACCUCGAUACAUCCAGCAUCGGCGACGAUACAGCCCUUAGAAAGCACCCAAGCCUGACUCCCUCCUCGACUUAUGACGACACCUCUGUCCUUGCAUACUCGGAGCCAGUGUCAACACGCACACCAUUGUUUCCCACGGCAUGGCAACAUUCUCCCGACGCGGCUUCCCUAGGCCCAUCCCCGUCGAAUACAGAGUCUCCAUACAGCGAUAGACACCUUCACUACGGCGCAUCAUCUAGCUCAGUUUCUAGGCCUGGGGUGAGGAGGAUAACAGAGCUCACCGGGGGCAACGAUGUGCAACACACGAGCAUUGAGGAGGCAUGCCUGGUCCGUUGCUUCGUGAAGAAGCUAGGAAGGGCUUUCGACACGAGCGACAGAGACCAUCAUUAUUGUUCUGUUCUCCCCAUUCGUGCUAUGCACAGCCCUCUUCUUCUGAACGCCAUCUGCACAGCAGCUGCCAGAUACCUCACCCGAAUAUGGUCUCUCAAAGACCCCCAUGCAGUCAUCGAAUACGAUGGAGUUCCUCUCCCUAAUCUCACCAUGGAAUCAGCAAUCCACUACCACAACAAAUGCAUCUCGCACCUUAUGGAUGUCUCUGCAGACCCCACCAACACAUGCAGUGAUGACGCACUUACUGCAAUUACCAUACUCAGAUAUCAUGAACAAGUCGAUACCCACUUCACCGGCACCGACAACGAAACUUUCUCCAUCGCCGUCCAAGCCGUCUUUCAAGCAGCCCAGGACGAAGCCCACGGACUCCUAACCAUUAUUCUUCAACCCCCACGCGGUUCUGAUGUUUACGCCACAUCCCUUUCUUCUCUACGAUACUCAGCCUGUCUCAUCGCCCUCCGACAAGAAAUCUGGGGCGUCCUGAUUUAUCGUCGACCCUUCAGACUCCCAAUCUUUGCCGUCACGGACUAUGCCAACUUUGACGACACCAUGGCUGCUGACGACUAUGACUGGACAAAUCGCAUCAUUAUAUGGUGUGCCCAUGUGCUCAAGUAUUGCUUCCCUGGGGACACAGAUGUAGAGACCAGAGAGGAUACGAGGUCUCGCGCUCAGCAGUGGGAAGCCUUGAAGACUUUUCAACGCAACUGGGAUGAACAUACGCCACCGCACUUUGCACCUCUCUACUACAAAGAACGAAACCCAGCAGAAGGUCGAUACUUCCCAACAAUAUGGCUGGCCAGCCAAUGUCAAGUCAUGGCCCAGCAACACGUAGAACUAGCCCGCAUAGUCCUCGCAGUCCAUGACUCCAAGCUCCAACUCGGCAUUGGCGGCAGGGCAGCACAUAAAGCACUCGAAAAGCUACUGCUAGAUUCCACCCGAAAGAUAUGUGGUCUAGCAAUGUCCAAUCAGCAAUAUCAGGAGGCCAUGGUGACCAGUGCGGUGGGGAUAUCAAUGUGCGGUGAAUAUUUCCGGGACCCUAGGGAACAGGCUGCGAUUGUUGAACUCAUGUCUAUUUUGGAACGGAAACAUGCCUGGCCGACGAACACUGUACUUAGCUCACUUCAGGAGGCAUGGGAGUCAUAUAGCAAUCAUUAUGCGUGA